UUGCCACCGAGGAGUUUUUUUUUUUUUUAAGGUACACUCAUCAACGCAGCUCGCAAAAGCACUCAUCAUGAUUCACAGCUUGUUCCUGAUUAACAAUGCUGGCGACAUAUUCCUGGAAAAACACUGGAAAAGUGUUAUAAGUCGCUCUGUCUGCGACUACUUUUUUGAAGCUCAGGAGAAGGCCAUGGAACCUGACAAUGUACCUCCUGUCAUUCGCACGCCCCAUCACUACCUUAUCAACAUCUACCGUGACAAAAUUUUUUUUGUUUCUGUCAUCCAGACAGAAGUACCCCCACUCUUUGUAAUUGAAUUUCUUCAUCGUGUUGCUGAGAUGUUUCAGGACUAUUUUGGUGAUUGCUCUGAAGUUGCCAUUAAGGACAAUGUGGUAAUAGUGUAUGAGCUCCUUGAAGAAAUGCUUGAUAAUGGCUUUCCUCUUGCCACGGAAUCAAACAUCCUGAAAGAACUUAUUAAACCUCCCACAAUUCUGCGCUCCAUGGUCAACAGUAUCACAGGCAGCAGUAAUGUGGGGGAAACUCUCCCUACUGGACAGUUAUCUACUGUCCCAUGGAGAAGAGCUGGUGUAAAGUACACCAAUAAUGAGGCCUAUUUUGAUGUCGUGGAGGAAAUUGAUGCAAUCCUCGAUAAGUCUGGUACAACAGUAUUUGCAGAAAUCCAAGGAGUGAUUGAUGCUUGUGUAAAACUCUCAGGAAUGCCUGAUCUCACAUUGUCAUUCAUGAAUCCCAGACUUCUGGAUGAUGUGAGCUUUCAUCCUUGUGUGCGUUUCAAGAGGUGGGAGUCUGAGAGGGUUCUAUCUUUCAUCCCCCCCGAUGGAAACUUCCGACUUAUGUCUUAUCAUGUUAAUGCACAAAAUUUGGUAGCAAUCCCAGUGUACGUGAGACAGAAUAUCAGUUUCUUUGAGAGUGGCUCCUCAGGGAGACUUGACAUCACUUUGGGUCCUAAGCAGACCAUGGGGAAGACGGUGGAGUGUGUGGUGGUCACAGUACACAUGCCUAAAGUGGUUCUCAAUGCCAAUCUCACAGCAACCCAGGGUAACUACACCUACGAUCCAGUCACCAAGAUUUUGGUGUGGGACAUUGGCAAACUGAACCAACAAAAACUGCCAAAUUUAAAAGGAAGUCUGAGCCUGCAGUCUGGAGCUCCUAAACCAGAGGAGAAUCCCAGCCUGAACAUUGACCUCAAAAUCCAGCAGUUAGCCAUCUCAGGACUGAAGGUGAAUCGACUGGACAUGUAUGGGGAGAAGUACAAACCAUUCAAAGGUGUCAAAUAUGUAACCAAAGCAGGGAAGUUCCAGGUCAGAACUUGAGACUGUCAACCAAUGGUGGCAAAAAGACGGGAAAAGUCGUGCCAAAACAAAGUAGCCGUCUACUAUUUGAUAAAACAAAGUAGCCGUCUACUAUUUGAUAAAUCGUGUCCUGUAAAGUUUCUUAACAUUGUCCCAAAUGUCUGUAGAAUUGCUAAGACAUCAAAACCUUUGAAAAUGAAGGCAUAUUUAUUUAUUUUUGUUUACAAGGUGUAGUCACGGACAUUUUGUUGUAACUAACUGGAAACUUCACAAUAUUUUAGCGUCACCUUUUUAUGUUUGAGUGGUGAAAUGAGGAGGACCAUAAGUACGUUUCACUUUAGCACAGUUUUGUCUGAUGUGCAUAUAGAUUACAUGGAUUGAUAUUUUUAGAUUUUUGUGCAUGUUUGAAGACAUGCCUUUGCCAAGUUUAUAGUUUAGCAACAUUUUUUAAGUACUUCUUGUACAAUGCACAAAACUUAAGUGGCCUUUUUGGGCGGGGGGACAGGGGGAGACUUUGAGGCCCUUCUUUAAAAGCACAGCUAUGCCUUUUAGCGGUGUGCAUUUAGCCCUUCCACCGUGCAAACAGCGGUUCACCCUGGUUGAGGGGUUUCAGUUGGCAGGGAAAUCUGUUAGGAUGAACUUUGCUCAGUGUGCAAAGGUUAGCUGUUCAAAAUGCCAAUAAGAGUUUGUUGAGUAACACUUUGCAUAUAGAUAUUGUGCUGUAAAUACUGCCAAAUCGCCUCUUUUAAGGUGCUAAGUUCCAUAAUUAAAAAGCUUGCAACCAUGUGGCAGGUAUUUAGGUAACUCAUUGUGGAGAUUUUAUACACUCACAGGGGACACAAUCUUAUUUUGUAAGAUACAGAAAUAUAUAUAUAAGCUAAAGGAAUACCUUAAUUGUAGUUGGAAAUAUGUACAUAAACCAAAUGCCUUCACAUUUAUAAACAUUUUUGGGAAAAUGA